GGCUCUUUGAACCGGCUCGUUCGCGACCAACACAUCACUACCAGGAGCGAGUCUCUCCGCGCGUUCCCGUGCGCGGACCGAGGACGCAGCAGCAGCAGCUAAAGCUAAACGAAGCAGCAGCAGAAGAGCUAGCAGCUAGCAGCAGGCCCAGAUUACUAUUCACGGAGUCCUCCGUCGUUCAUUUUGUUCAGGCGGAGACCUCCUGACCGACCGGACCAGCAGGGAUUAGACAACGUGCACCAUCAUAUAUAUGAGUGUGGAGGGGGGAGGAAGAAUAGCGCAAGAUGGUUCGGGAAACCAGACACCUUUGGGUGGGAAACUUACCCGAACACGUCCGCGAGGAGAAGAUAGUGGAGCAUUUCAAACGGUAUGGACGUGUGGAAAGUGUUAAAGUUCUGCGGAAGCGAGGGUCAGAGGGUGGCGUUGCAGCCUUUGUGGAUUUUGUGGAUAUCAAAAGUGCGCAGAAGGCUCACAAUGCUGUCAACAAGAUGGGAGACAGGGACCUUCGGACUGACUACAAUGAACCUGGGUCAGUCCCUAGUGCUGUCCGGGGCCUUGAAGAAAGCUCCCCCUCGAGCAGUCGAGACGUUACAGGAUUCUCUAGGGGAACAGUUGGUCCAGUGUUUGGCCCACCUGUGUCCCUUCACACCAGAGAGGGACGUUAUGAACGGAGAAUAGAUGGUACCUCAGAAAGCCGUGAACGUGCAUAUGAUCACAGCCCAUAUGGACACCAUGAGCGCAGUGGCACUUUCGACAGACCGCGUCACUACAACGCUGAGUAUUACCGAGAUCGUUCCUUGUUUGCUGCUGCCGGCCCAGGGAGCAGUGCUAUCGCGGGGAGCUUUGAGGCAUCAGACCCACAUUUUGACUCUAGAAUUCGAGACCCCUUUACCCUUACUACUAAUUCUUCACGACGUGACCUAUACAGAGAUGACAGAGGACGACGGGUUGACAGAACCUACCAUCACCGUCGGAGCCGAUCAUCUCAUUCCUCACAGUCAAGGCAUCCUUCCCCACAACGGACCACGGGACAAACCCCCAAAACUCCUCAUUCCCCCAAAAGAGCUCCUUUGUCCCCUGGGAGAGGUCCCCGAUCUCGAUCUCGCAGCAGAUCUUCCAGCUCUGAUUCUGUCAGCAGCACCAGCAGCACGGGCAGCGGCAGCGAUUCAAACAGCAGCUCAAGUGAUGGAUCUCGGGCGCGCUCCGUUCAGUCGUCAGCCACACACGCGCCUACUCAGUCUUCUAUGGGGCUCGACUCAGAUGAGCCACGCAGAAGCUUUGGAAUUAAAGUGCAAAACCUACCAGUGCGCUCCACAGACACAAGUUUAAAAGAUGGACUUUUCCAUGAAUUCAAGAAACAUGGGAAGGUGACCUCAGUGCAGAUCCACGGAGCAUCAGAAGACCGCUAUGGUUUGGUGUUCUUCAGACAGCAAGAGGAUCAAGAGAAAGCCCUUACUGUCUCCAAAGGAAAGCUGUUCUUUGGCAUGCUUAUUGAAGUCACGGCCUGGAAUGGUCCUGAAACGGAGAGUGAAAAUGAGUUCAGGCCCUUGGACGGGCGGAUAGAUGAGUUCCAUCCAAAGGCCACAAGGACACUGUUUAUAGGCAACCUUGAGAAAACCACCAGUUAUCAACAACUCCUGGACAUUUUUCAACGCUUUGGAGAAAUUGUGGACAUUGACAUCAAGAAAGUAAAUGGAGUUCCACAGUAUGCCUUUGUGCAAUAUUCUGAUAUUGCCAGUGUCUGCAAGGCCAUUAAGAAGAUGGAUGGAGAGUACCUGGGGAGCAACAGACUAAAGCUUGGGUUUGGGAAGAGUAUGCCCACAACGUGUGUUUGGCUUGACGGGUUGGCAACCAGUGUUACAGAGCAAUACCUCACACGGCAUUUCUGCCGCUAUGGACAUGUAGUUAAGGUUGUCUUUGAUAGAUUGAAAGGGAUGGCCCUCAUCUUGUACAACAACACAGAUUUUGCUCAGGCAGCUGUAAGGGAGACCAAAGGUUGGAAGAUUGGUGGCAAUAAAAUAAAGGUGGAUUUUGCAAGUCAAGAGAGUCAGAUGGCAUUCUACCGAUCUAUGCAGACAUCUGGUCAAGACAUUAGAGACUUCUAUGAAAUUCCUACUGAACGACGAGAGGAACGCAGACCUCCAUACCAUGAAUUUACAGCAGAAAGGGCUUACUAUGAGAAUAUACGAACCCCUGGCAUCUAUCCAGAGGAAGCUCGAAGAGACUAUGCUGCUCGAAGCAGAGAGCGUUUUCCUGAACUGGAACACUAUCAGGGGGAACACUUUGACCCACGUUAUGAAGAUCCAAGAGACUACAGGGACUACAGAGACCCCUUUGAGCAAGACAUCCGAAAAUACACAUAUAUUCAAAGAGAGCGAGAAAGAGAGCGAGAACGUUUUGAGGCUGACCGCAGCAGGUGGAGCCCUUCCCAUCCAAGACGACCUGUUACUCCUACAGUAUCGCCUUCACCAUCUGAGCGUGCUCCCAGAGAUUCAGAACGGCGUGUUUACAGCCAGUCCUCUGAGCGAAGUGGUAGUGUGAGCUCAAUGUCACCACCACACUUUGACAAAUCUGAAAAGACCCUGCUGGAAGUUGCCUCAAAGAGUGACAAGAGUGACAAAAGCAGCCAACCAGAUCGUGUGGCAGGUGCUGAGAAAACCAAACGUGCAAAACGAAAAGAGAAAGGCGAUAAAGACAAAGCUGAGAAGAUUAAAUCAAGGAAAGCAAAGGGGCAAUCCCCAUCCAACCCACUACCUGAAACAGAGCUUGAGACUGGUUUUGAUGGAGGGUCUGGAAGAGGAAAGGGAUCAGACCAGGACGCUCAUGAUAGGCAAAAAUGUAAGGGGGAUGGUGAAUCUCUUACUGGAAGUCAGUUGGCAACUGCUCAUCAUGACUCUGUAAAAAGUGAAAGGUCUGAAAUGAGUAAAGGUGAGAAUUCAGACUUGGAUGGAAAGAAUCGACUCAAGAAACAUCUAAAGCCUGAUAUUGGAAAUGAUGGGAAAGAUUCAUCAGCAGACUCAGAUCGCCGUGCUGCAAGAAAAAGGCGCUUUGCUGAUUCAGGUGGCAGGACUAUUCGUCAGAAAAGAAGCAGGCAUGAGGAGGAGGACGCUAUUCCAUCCUCUGACUUUGGCGCUAGUGCCACAUAUUUGAAGGAGUCGGAUCCAGACAAAAACAAAGAUUCACAGCGGAGAGAUUCAAGACUCAAAACUGAUAAAAGUGGCACUCAGAAGGAUGGUCAAGAGGACCUUAGAGGACAAAGGGAGAAGUCAGAGGGAUCUUUGGACCCACUAGAGUCAAAACGACAUCCAGGGCACACUUCAUCCAGGAGGUUUUCACAUGAGGGGAUUACAGACCAAAGCAGUAUACGAGAACAAGAACACCAUGCUGUUUUCAAAUUUGGUGCUCAGAAUGCCGACACUGACAAAAGUGUAAAGAACAAGGAAGACCAUGUUGACAUUGACCUCUCUCAGAGUUACCGCAAGCAAAUGGAGCAAAAUAGACGGUUGCACCAGCAGCAACAACAGCGCGAGUCUGACAAAUCUGACAAACCAGGAAGUCCUCAAGGAAGUGAAACAGAGGACUUGGAACAUCGCAGUCUUGUGCAUGAAGUUGGUAAACCUCCUGAGGAUGUCACAGAUAAUUUCCCGUCACACAAGCUAAAGAAACUAGACCAAUUUGAAACUGAUCCGGGAAUUAAGAGGGAGCGUGUCUACAGGAGCUUUAGACAAAAAAGUGAAGAUCCUGACUGGAACAACAUCUCCUCUCCAGGACAUCAGCACUACCCUCACCAUGCAGAUGAGGACUUUGUGGACCCUUCUCAGAAGGAGUUGAGUAGAAAUGAGGAAAAGAUUCACCCAGAUCUGGAGUUAUUAGUCAAAAGGACACAUAACACACAGGUAAACAAGCCAAACACGCCUUUACUUACUGUGGAAGAAGAGCGACAAAAGAGAUGGGAGAGCAGAGUAAAACAAGACUUGUUACCUGACCUGAACUUUCCUAGGACUCUAAGUAAAAACAUUCACAAUCGCAAGCGUUUGGAAUAUGGUGUUUGGCAUGACUUGGAGCCUGGGGAAGUACGAUCCGACUCUGAGGAGGACAGAGAGACCAAACCACACUCUCCCAUGCCCUCCACAUCUAUGCCUUUUUCCGAGAGGCCAAGGGUUGACAGGUUUUCAGACCCCAAACUAGCACAGCUUGAAAGGAACAAAUUCUACUCCUUUGCACUUGAUCAAACCAUCACGCCUGACACAAAGGCUCUGCUUGAACGUGCAAAAUCUCUCUCAUCUUCAAGAGAAGAUAACUGGUCAUUUUUGGAUUAUGAUUCUCACUUUGCAGGUUUACGCAACAGAAAGGAGUCUGAGAAGGUAGAAUCAGCACCACGACCUACGCCCUCCUGGUACAUGAAAAAGAAAAAGAUUCGAAGUGGAUCUGAAGAUAAACUUGAUGACAGGAAGGAGGAGCCUAAGCUGGAGGAACCGGAACGCAGUGAGCUAUUUGCCUCCCGCUUCCUUCACAGCCCUGUCUUUGAGCUGGACUCUAGGCGACUACAACACUUACGCAAACAUGAAGAACCUGAGCAUACACAAAACCAACAACCUGGUCAGCAAGGGUCAGUAGAUGGUGAACUUGACACGGGGCCAGUUGUCCUUUUCCACAGUCGUUUUUUGGAACUCACACGACUGCAACAACAGAAGAAUAAAGCCCCUCAGCUGCAAGAGGCAAAAGUUGACGCAGUGCUCACGGAUGAGAAUAAAGUGGAAAAAGCACCUGUUCAAGAGCAACAAGCUUUGCCGUCACCUGAAACAACAGAAUCUAUCAUGGAGCCAGAAAUUAAACCCAUCAGUCCUGCUGAAGAGCUGAUUUCUGAACCCCGACUCAUAUCUACUUCUAUCGCCCAUCUAUCUGUGGUCAAGGACUUCCCUCCACCAGAAGAGAAAUGUGUUGCGAUAAAUCUAGCCCCUGAUCCAUAUACCCCUCUGUCUGUCAUAAAGGAAGAAGUAAAAGAAGAGUUAAAAGAAAAUGAACCUGUUGUACCCAUGCACCACCCAUUAACUGAGGUGUCAUCUGAUUCUGAACCUGCAACAAUAGCAGCACCCGAACCCAGUUAUUCAGUGGAUGGAUGUAAACCUUCUCCACCUGAAGUGAAAUUGGAAAUUAUUACUGAGGAUGUAAAACCCCUCUCUACAGAAAUACCAUGCCGUCGUGAUUCUCGUGAUGAGUUUGUUAGCAUUUCAGAAGCAGAGCUGGAACCUGAGACAACACAACCAGAAGUGCCUGAGGCCCCUAGUCCUGUACCACCUAGUCUUCUAGAGGAAGAAAAAGAGACCCAUUCUGUUUGGAAAGCAGUAGCAGAGCCUGAGGGAGAGAAGAAACCUCAAAUUAGUAAAGUACAGAUGCCCAUUGAUAAUGACAUAAAUGAGGAGCCAGUCUCUCCUCAGAAAGAGCAUAAAAUAAAAAAUAAGAAGUGCAAACAAUCCCCUGCUCAAGUUGCUCCAGUUCCCGUCACAUCUACCUCUGGUUCUGAGAAACAAGCAACACGCAAGAGUGAGCGCAUUGACAAAGAGAAGCUGAAACGUGGAUCAUCCCCAAGAGCUGAAUCAAAGUCCACAGGCAAAUCUCCUAUUCACGGAUCAGAAACUGAUAUGUCAGAGCCGGGCAUAUCGGCAGGAAGAGCAAGACGAAGAAAUGUUAAAUCUGUGUAUGCCACUCCAGUUGAAGAUGAUGCGCCAGUUCGUUCUGGAAAGGAAAUUACAGAGUCACCGCGCUCUGCACGAAAGCGAGGUACAGACAAAGAUGCAACACAACAACAAAAUAUCGAACAAGAUCCACCUGCUCCAACCCCUGCAAAUAAACGGGGCCGUCCUCCCAAGAAUCGCAGACAAGGCGACGAGAGUUCAACAGUUAAAGUAGAAAAAUCAAAAAUGGACAACAAAGACACAGAUUCAAAUGAAUCAGAAGGAGGGGAACGAAUUCCAAGAGUGGCAAAAGGUAAAACCUCCCCUCAUGGCACAAAGGGUUCAUUAAAUCCAAUGUUCACAGUCCUAGGAUCUGGAUCAACAAGGAAGGGGGAAAAGACUGAGGUGGCUGAGGAUGAUGAUCAGGAAAUGGAUUUCACAGAUGAAGAUCCUCUGGCUUUGCAAGAGUCAUCAAGUUCAUGUAAAGAAGAUCCAUCAAUAAAAGCUGACCAAAAAAAAGAGGAGAAAGACAAACAAGGAAGAGAAUUGGGCAGAGAUAAAGAUGUUUUCCAUGAAAAGGCUUGUGAAGAAAAAUCAAAUGGAAAAGAUGCAGAUUCCCCAGUCUUAGAAGACAAACCCACCUUGGAAAAAGACAGGAGUGUUAGAGGAAAAACCAAGCUGACAAGGACUCCCAAGUCUCCUGUUCUCAAGAACCUCAAAAUCAGACUAAAUGUGACAGAGGUGAAAGAUCUUCUUCAGUUAGGAGAUGAUGAACUUGGGAAUCAAGAGGAUUCUUCAAAAAAGUUAAGACCUGGCGACCACAGUGAUCAUGUUUCAAAGUGUCCUGAUGCCAACAAAGAAGGCUCCAACAAUGAAGAAAAGGAAAAUGACACUUUGGAAAAAAAGGAGCUCCUGGAAUCACCAAAAAGCUUAAUUUCACAGGCGCUGGAAUUGGAGCAGGCUGUGGAGAACAUUGCUAAACUUACAGAUCCAACUUUUCCAACAGAACCACCGACGCCGCCUGUCCCGCAAACAGAAGUAAAAAGUGACCCAGAAGAAGAAAAAUCUUCUAAUCCUGCUAGUGAGACAGAACUCAUGGCUGCUAUUGACUCGAUAACUGCAGAAGAUGGAACUGUAACCUUAACCCAAGCACCUCCACCGAGUGCUGAUGUAGGUCCAGAACCUGAGAUACAAGACUUGAUUCCGCCUGCCAAGGAAGAUGAACCUGAAACAAAUACACCUGCUAUACAGGAAGAACCUGUGUUCCCUACCACACCCAAAAAGGGCACCAAGGGAAGACCUAAAACACCAAAACGUUCUAAAGGCCAAAAGCAAGUAAGAAAAGAUUUAAAAGAAGGACCCUCAAUAAGUGAGGAAUUGACAACUCCUUUAGCAGAUAGCCCACCUUCCGGUGUAAAGACUGUUCCUGCAACAACUCCAUCAGCAGCAACUCCAUCAGCAACAACUCCAUCAGCAGCAACUCCAUCAGCAGCAACUCCAUCAGCAGCAACUGCUGCGGUUAUUACUCCUACUACGUGGAAGCCAGAACCUGAGCCUUUAACUGUCAAGGCUACAGAUGUAAACGCAGAGGCAGAGUCAUCUUCUGAGGAACAGAUUCAACAUCUUAAAUCUGUUAACCCCCAGUCUAAGAGUCAAAUAUGCCCGAAGCCUCAACACGUGCCACCUGAGUCCAUCUCCCCUUCCCUUUCUCCACCAACUAACAGGCCAAAUAUCAGACCCAUUCAAACAAGUAGAAUUCCUGUUUCUCCACCAGAUUGGCACCACCAGUCUAAAGAUACAGGAGUCUCCUCUUCACCUCUCAUGCCGUUGGCAUCCAAGGAAAACCAGCCUUUACCCUCAGACUCUGACAACAUGGAUACUGAUCAUGGCACAAGUGACUUGAGACAGAUUCUUAUGAAACACAAAAAUAUUUCAUUGCCAGGAAGUAGUUCUAUUCCGAGUAAUCUACCCACUCUGCGAGAUCAGAACCUCUCUGAAAGUAAUACCCCAUCAGCUGUUGUGCCAAAUAAGUCACCGCUACCCAGUAGUGGAAUGGCAGCUCAUCCAGCUCCAUCUAUCAUUCGACCUCCAGCCUCACUACCAUCUACUGAGACAAAGUCUGUGAUCUCUGUUAUUGCAUCCACUGCAACCUCUGUUAUCAGUCGUGUUUGCAACCCUCCUGAGCCCGAGGACAAAGUAAGCAUGAACAUUGGAAAUUCCUGUGUGGACAUGACUCUACCCAAAACAACCUAUAGGCCCAGCAAAGAUGAUACUGGAUCAUACCAUGGGCCAUCUGGCGAUGGCGGGGGAAGUGCUGCGCGCUUCAUUGUUGAGAGCCCUACUCUUGUUACAGGAGCUUGUCCAGGUCUGAGAGUUCAUACAUCUGAAGGAGUGGUAGUAUUGAGCCACUCGGGCCAGAAAACAGAGGGACCACAGCGGAUUAGUGCAAAAAUAAGUCAGAUCCCACAAGCAUCAGCAGGUGACAUGGAAUCUCAACAGUUGGUAUCCAUGCCCCAGAUAAAACAGGAAAUGUAUGGUCAUUCUCAUUUAGGUCUUCAAAAAGGGCCUUCAUUGCAGACAGAUCAUGGGCAUCCUGGUAAGACGCAGUCAACUUUGUCUUCUAUUAAACAAGAAAGCACUGGUUUGGAAAAGAUGGAAUCUACUUACCAAUCUGGACCUCAAGGUGUAGUGAAGCGUCUCACACAGGGUAACCAGCAAGUCAUGAGUUACCAUCAAGAGUACAUGCCAAUAAAACAUCAAAAGAAAAUGGACAGUGCUGAUCCUCACAGUACAGAUGGAGCUAAACCACCUUGGACCUCCGCUAUAAGUCCUGCAAUAAGCCCCCAUUUGCCCUCACCACCUAGCAACCAUGUAGGUUUUGUUACAGCGGCUGGUGACAGAGCUCCCUCCCAUAUCAGUGGUAUCAAACAGGAACCGCGAUCCCCUCGCAAGUCGGGUCAUCCACACUCUCCAUUUACCAAGGUGUCCUCACCCGUAGGCUCCUCGUCACCCAAGGGCAUACCAGUGAUGUUAUCCACUGGCCUUCCUGCCAUGCAACAGUUUAUUACUGGUGUACAUCACCAAGAGCAGUCGGUUAUCAUGCCAACUCACAGUGUGCCUGGAGGCUUGGGACGGAUGUCUCCCCACCGUGUUACCCAGUCAAUUCCAGUGGGGCAUCUUGUCCAAGGAGACGUUCGGGUCAAUACUCCACCUCUCUCUGUGAUGAGCUAUGGGAUGCAUAGUGAGCCUCUUGCCUCUCCCUGGUCGGGUCAGAUGCAGUCACGGCCCACCUCACCCCAGGCUGUUGGCAGAGACAAGGUUCUCAAGGUGAACCCCGGUUCUUUGAGGGGUCAUGAGGGGGAGCAAGAAGAAACCAGACGCUUCCACCAGACUCCAGGAAGACAAUCUACUGCACAGUUAAAACAGGAGGCUAUGCAGUCAGAUCCUCGCGGGCCUCUGCGGAGUAAUGUCCAGUUAGAAACUUACAUGGCACAAAGAGACAUGCGUGUGCUCUUGCACCAGCAGGGAGAGCGUUUGGCCACAGACCCUCAUUCUGGACACAUUCAAGAGACUCUUCCCUCCUCUUCAGCGCCUCCCAGCCUACCAUUAUCCUUGUCUCCAAGAGCACAUGUUUUGCCAAAAGGUGUGUCUGAGAAGGAUAUAACAAAGCCAUUAGAGGCAAAGAGGCCACACUCUCCUCUUCCUAAAGAUGGUAUGAUGGGGAUCAGACAGUCUGGGCAAGCAAUGGCAUCUCCCCAGAGAGUUCAGCUAAUGCCACCAGGACCCAGUGGCUCAUUCCAAGAGUACUCAGGGAUGUACUCAAACCCAAGAGGCAUCCAUUCUCAAAUACCAGAGGUGUCUCCUGUUGGACUUAACCAGCCAGCACUGAACGUCACACCAACCAUGGGUGCAGACCUCCAGACAAAACCAGAUGGCAAGAUGACGCAGCCUGUUAAUAUGGUGCAGUUGCUCACGAAAUACCCUAUUGUGUGGCAAGGCCUGCUGGCACUGAAGAACGACACAGCUGCAGUCCAGUUGCAUUUCGUCUGCGGCAACAAAGCCUUGGCUCAUCGAUCACUGCCUCUACAAGAAGGAGGCGCAUUGCUUAGGAUUGUCCAGAGAAUGAGACUAGAGGCUUCACAAUUGGAGAGUGUAGCCCGAAGAAUGACGGGGGACACUGACUUCUGUCUUCUCCUCGCUCUGCCAUGUGGACGAGAUCAAGACGAUGUCCUAAACCAAACUCAAGCUCUUAAGGCCGCUUUCAUCCAAUACCUGCAGGCAAAGUUGGCUGCUGGUAUCAUCAAUAUCCCCAACCCAGGUUCCAAUCAGCCUGCCUAUGUGCUACAGAUUUUCCCACCAUGCGAAUUUUCAGAGAGCCACUUAUCCCAGCUCGCCCCCGACCUUCUCAACAGGAUCUCCAGCAUCUCACCACACCUCAUGAUUGUCAUCACCUCUGUGUAACCUCCACUGCUGGGAACCGUACCAUCCAUGGAUGUUCUUGCUGAUGAGCCUCAGGAAACCAGAGGAAUACUGAAUGAGAACUUAUUUUUUUUUCCUGGACACAAUGGGAAUGUGUAGGAUAUACCCUAUCAACGCUUUUUUCAGUCUUUUUCUUUUGUCUGGUAUUUUUGUCCUUCUCAAAAGAACUCAGGGAUGGACCAAACCAGAAUCAGUCUUAUUUGACCAUUUCUCUGCUGUAUUUCUAUUUAUUGGAGUUUUAUUUUAAUGUUCGAAGAUGCUCUGAAGAAAAUAAUCAGGAUGUUUGAUGAACAACAAUGAGUGACUAUCUGGGUGGCCUUUUUUUCUUUCAUCUGUCUUUUAUUAAUUGUCAUAUUCAUUUCUUCACAAGAGUGGAUCAUGGAAGCUGUUGCACCGCAACGGCAAAAAAAGACAUUUCAACAUGUAAUUUUAAAUGAUUAUGUACAGACUUCCUCGCCCAGGCUUUCUUUUAGAGGGCGAAGAAUUAGGUGUAAAACCAUGGAGACCCUGUAGAGGACCAUGUUCGUUUAACAGCUCCUUUAAAUCCACCAGCUCUGCUCAUCUUCUCACAAUACUGAAGCGGUCACACUUCUGGCGCCUGCCUUUGCAUUGAACAAGCUACAUUAUGAUUUGGGAGUUUUUGAAUACAGGACUUGUAAAUAUUUUAAAUAUUUAAACUUUGACAAUGGAACUUGGACAACUGAACAGAGACUUGAACUCUGGGACAAACCAGGACGCAGAGUGUGGAAAUUUAGAUGGAUAUCCUUGAUUUUUGGGUGUAAAUACUUGUAACACAAGAAGGUUGGCAAACUCUCCCGUGGAGUCUGCUGAUGGCACUUCAUAUUUUGUAACUCAAAUAAAACAAACUCCAGAAAACUUGAA